CAAACAGCUGUAAACUCCAGCUCCUCUCCCCCGCUCGGCUCCCACUGCGAUUCCGCCCAAAACGCCAAAGGCUCUGCACUUUCUGCCCCCCUCCUCCGAGAUCCCAUCCAUGGCGGCGGCCUCGGCGUCCCGCCUCCGGAUCUAAAACCCCCACACAGCCAUUGCGGGGUCUGUGAGCGGCGCCCCGACAGCUGCACGGGUCGCGGCAGCCGACCCGGUUCGUUGCCUUGCAAGAUUUGCUUUGCCGCUGCGUGUCCUGGGUGGGUGGCGGGUAGUGGGUUUACUUCUCCCUGGUCCGUCCAUGGUUCCUUGAAAUGGGUGUCUAAGCGAGGGGGGUCGGCGCUACGGACUGCCUGCUGCCGCCAUGUGGAAGCAGUUCCUUGGUAAGCUAUCGGGCAAGUCGCCGAAAUCCGGCGGAGGCGGGGGCUGGGGAUCUCCGCCGCCCAAGUCCCCAACGUCGUAUGACGUGAAUGGGAGGCAGUGGGACUCGAUGCGGGCGUCUCCUCCGCUCGCGGCUAUCGCCGGAGCGGAGGGGGAGACAAGGGAGGACGUGUUCCUCCGGAAGCUGAACGUCUGCUGCGUGUUGUUCGACUUCUCCAACGACCGGGGCCGGGACUCUCCGGAGAGGGAGAGAAAGCGGCAGGUGCUCAUGUCUCUCGUCGACUGCCUCGGCACGGCGGAGGAGCCCCUCACGGAGGCGAUGGUCUCGGCCUGUGUGCGUAUGUUCGCCAUCAACCUGUUCAGGGUCUUCCCGCCCAAGGUCCGGCCAGGCACCGGGGCAGCUGCCGAGGCCGACGAGGACGAUCCGUUCUUUGACCCCUCAUGGUACCACUUACAGGUCGUGUACGAGCUGCUCCUACGGUUCGUCACCUCUCCUGUCGUUGAUGUGAAGGUGGCUCGCAAGUACAUGGACAAUUCGUUCAUCUCUAGGCUGCUUGAUUUGUUAGAUUCCGAUGAUCCUAGAGAAAGGGAUUGCCUGAAGACAGUAUUGCAUAGGAUAUAUGGAAAAUUCAUGGGUAAUCGGCCCUUCAUCCGCAAGGCUGUGAGCAAUAUCUUCUAUAGGUUUGUAUCCGAGGCUGAUCGUCACAAUGGGAUUGCCGAACUCUUGGAGGUGUUUGGGAGUGUGAUUAGUGGGUUUGCGAAACCACUGAAGGAGGAGCAUAAGUUAUUUCUGUGGAAGGCAUUGAUUCCUCUUCAUAAACCGAAGACAGUGGGCAUGUAUCUGCCGCAGUUGACAUACUGCAUUACACAGUUUAUUGACAAGGAACCAAAGCUCUCAGGGACUGUGAUCAGAGGCCUGUUGAAGUACUGGCCAGUGACGAACAGUCAGAAGGAGAUGAUGUUCUUGGGGGAGUUGGAGGAGGUGCUGGAAUUGACAGAAAUGCCUGAAUUCCAGAAGUGCAUGGUCCCAUUGUUUCGGAGGGUUGCACACUGCUUGAAUAGCUCUCAUUUUCAGGUUGCUGAAAGAGCCUUAUUCCUGUGGAACAAUGAGCACUUGUUCGGUUUGAUCUCUCAAAACCACCAAGUUAUCUUGCCAAUCAUAUAUCCAGCUCUCGAAAGGAAUGCUCGUUUGCAUUGGAACCAAUCGGUUCUGAAUGUUACAAUGAAUGUCAGGAAAAUGUUCUUUGACAUGGAUCAGAAGCUGCUGUUGGCUUGUCAGAAAAAUUUCCAAGAGGAGGAAGAGAAACGAGCCGCAACUGAGGAGCGGAGAAGGCUUAUAUGGGAGCACCUUGAGAGGAAUGCCGCAUUCCAUCCAGUAACCAGAGACAUCAGCUUUGCUGCUUUUCCUAAACCCGCUCCUCUGGUAGCUCCAACUAUGACAUAAUAUAUGUGUGUUCAAAUGUACUUCAUUCCACUCCAUUUAUAGCACUAUGGGUGCUGUGCAGGGCAUUUUGUCAAAUUAAUAGUUUCUUAUUUGAGGACGAACCUUGAUUCUUUCAUGGUGUAUUCUCAAGUGAUGGACAUUUCUUUCUUUGACAAGAUAAUGCCCAAUUCUAGUCAAUUGUUCUGUGAAACAACUUUGGAUAUGGGAGGUCGUGAUUUUUUACUACAGCUGGUGUCAUGUGGGUGCCAGUGUAUUUCGAAUUUUCCAGAUUCUGAUGAAUCUGUUCACCAGAUUUGAUGGAUGAGCAAACAAUGAGGUAAGUCCACAGUGCUUUUCAUGCUUGAUAACUCAACUACAUUGUGUCACUUGCUUAGUGGAAUAGGAAAUCUGAACUUCACACAGUAAGCAUUGCUACAUGUUCUGGUACUGCACAUCUUGCCAAUUCAUGACAAGAACAUUUCUGCAUAAUUAAGGAUGAUAUGCCUUUGACAUGAUAAAUAUCAAAGUCUUGGCUCCACACUGAAAAAUGUCCUUAUAUUUCUAACGUCUGGAUCAAUAUUAUCAAUCAAUGUGUAAAAUCUCUUUCUUUUACCUUUAUUCCCCUUCAUUGUCAGCAGUGGUAUUAUGAUUAACUGUUAUUAUGGAUGAUGUUGUCAUGAAUAAUGAUAAAGGCACUUGGUUGAUAAAAUCAAGUCUGGUCCCUGGUGCAAGUAGCAACCAUCUACCAAUGAAUGCAAGAGGGACCUAAUUUCACCUAAAGAUUCAAUGGUAAUCAAUUUCAUCCAUCUGCAAGCUCAGUGCACAUUUCUCAGUCAGAUGGAUACUCAUAAGAGAUCUGAUUCAUGGCAUGACUACGGAUUUAGUCCCAUCCAAGUAAGAUUUAACCUGUCUAGUUAUCCCCAGAAAAGAUACUCUUACAGGGUUUGGUGCGAUAAGCUUGAUGGACAGUAAUAAUACUUAAUACUAAUUAUUGGCUUGAUUAACACUGAUUCAAGGAUCUAGAAAUACAUAUACUGAUAAAAUGAAGAAUUUCCUAUGCUGCUAUUUUCUGUACAUUCCUUAUUGAACAAACUGUGUUAUAUAUGAUUGUUCAUUAAACAAAAUUGUGCUAUCUCUAUUGCACUAGCAAACAACACAUCAACUGCCACAGUUACGUUUACCCUGGUCAAGUCCUUUUUGUUCCUACUGGUGCUUGAUAGUUGGACACUUGGUUCGACCUGACACACUGCAAACUUGAGUUGGUCUAUAAAAGGUCUCACACCCAUACAGAUAGCCACUGUCCACUCCAUAUAUUUUCCUCCUUUGUUCUGCUCAUAGUCCUUUUCUUCUCUUUUGGUGUACUUAGAUACUUGUGUAGAGAUAUACAUCAAGAUGGACAACCCUCCGAGUACGCAGGACAUGUCCUACUAUGAUCAUGUUCAGAAGCGCCAUGAGGAGAAAGGCUGCUUAUAUGCAUGCCUGUUUACACUGUGCUGUUGCUUCUGCUGCUACAAGACCUGCGAGUGCUGCAUGGAGUCCUUGUGCUGCUGCGGCUAAUUUUAGCUGCACAUUUCUGCUGUUGCAUGGAGAUCUGGCAGGCUGGGCUGUACUGUGGAAACCCAUAUCGUUUCGCCUCGGUGAGAUGAUGAACAGGCAUAUGUGCUUGUUCGAAUAAAAACUGUAGUUACGUCUCUAUUGUCAUGUAUAUUGUUGGUCGCCAAAAAUAAGAGAGUAUGCUGUUGGUGUGUGUUUGCCUUUGACGAUUGUCAUGUUUAGUGCUGUCAUGUUUAUGGGGAUAUCCUCCGAUUUGUAUUGAACUUUCAUCUAUAUCUUUA